AUGGCAGAAGCUACAGUCGAAGAUAAUACAACCAAUAGAUUUUUCUGUCACAAAUGCAGCAUCGAAAUUACGCGUGUUUUAGAAGAUUACACAUGUCCUACAUGUCGUGGAGGAUUCAUAGAAGAAUUGGAUUCGACAAACACUUCUGACGAUCCAAGUGAUGAUCACAGCGAUGAUGAAGUGGAAGAAUUUUUUUCUGAUGUUCGAAAUCAACUUGGUCAAUUUCUUUUUGAAAGAGUAGCUGGGAGGGGAAAUCAAAAUAGAGACUCCAGGGCUGGUGAAACGGAAGCAGUUGAAGGAGAUGGAAAUGGAAGACGGUAUCAGCAUGGAUCAUCUUAUUAUAAUAUUAAUCUUCGCCCCAGUGUACUUGCUUUAAUUAUCUCACUUAUAAUAAGUAACAGAACAAGACAAAAUCAUUUAUCAUUUAGAAAUCGUGUCGGAAGAAAUCAGGCUAUUGUAAUUAACACACUUCAGUAUCUUGAAGAUUUUUUCUCCCUUCCUGGAAUGGAUCGUCUUAGGUUUUUCUUGGGAAACCCUGCAGAUUAUGCAUGGGGUAGAGAAGGUUUAGACACAAUUGUUAGUCAGUUAUUAAAUCAUAUGGAUGUUAGUGGUCCACCUCCUCUUAAUGAAGAAAAAAUAAAGGAAAUCCCUGUCACUGAAAUCGGUCAAGAACAAGUUGAUAGUAAAUUGCAGUGUUCAGUGUGCUGGGAAGAUUUUAAGAUUGGAGAAUCCGUUCGUAAAUUAGAAUGUGAACAUUUCUAUCAUGAAUCGUGCAUUGUACCUUGGUUAGAAUUGCACGGAACUUGUCCAAUAUGUCGUAAAAGUUUAUUAAGCGACGAAGAAGCAGAAAAAAAUUCUGCAAGUACAAGCAACAAUAGUAGUACAUCGAAUUUAGCUGCAAUGUUUCAAGCCGUUCGCCGUAGAUCGUCAAAUAUUCAUCCGGGAAAUUCAUCAUCCGUAGCAAGCACAUCAAAUACGAAUAAUGCAAACGGACGGCAACCAUCUUCUAGUGAUUUUCAAAUGGAUUUGGAAUAUGAUUAA